CUCACAGUAGCAAAAUGGGCCUCUCCCCGACGUCCCUCCUCCUCUGCCACCUCCCCGGCCACAAAGCAAAGGGCACCCCUUACGUGGAUGUGGGGGCAACGGGUGCCGGGUGUCCCAGCCAGAAUUUUGCAGGGUCCCCUGAGGGACCCGUGGCGGAACCGACUCCGACUUCGUCGGAUUCCGCCGAUGUCUUCAGGAGACUGGUUGAACAGAGAACAAGAUCAGAGUGAGAAAUGAGAGGCUCUUAAAAGUGGAAACUUACUGUUCAUCAGUUUACAAGAAACUGGACAAUGGCUUUUUUCAGGAAGAUGGAUAUUAUCAAUGUCACCGCCUUGCCACUGGUGCCAGUAGAUGAGCACCUGGCUGUCUCAGUCGUUGCACGGAACGCAAUGAAGAAUGCUAUGAGGAAGAAUAUGGAGGAUAAUCCACCCUCGUGCCUUAUAGGCUCCAUACACCAGGUGAACCAGAUGCUUGGUGAAAUAGACCUGAGUCCCACCCCAUUGGUCAACAGUCUGGCAAUUGAGAGAUUUGAAUUGGAGAAGAAGGUUUUAAGAGAAAAAAGUCGCAGCGGCCCAGGAGACAGAGACAAGAGUCAAAGAAAAGCACAGUAUAUUUGCAGAGGCUCAGCAUCCAGGAACGUCAAAUCUUUCAUUAUUAAAAGGAAAACAGCAGAUAAAAACCUGCUGGCAGAGCUGUACCAGUAUACACAAUUUAACAACUCUAUGCCAAACGAGCUUCCAAAUGGGGUGGACUUCUGUGACAUGGUGGGCAAUGUGAUCCGGGCUGAGAGAAACCCCAUUAGUGGCAAGUCUUUCUGUUCAGAUAGAGAAUUAGAGAAGUUUCUCUCUUCUCCUUCUCUAAGAGCCAUAUGGCUGGAUAGCUUCUGGUGGAUGUUUCAUGAAAGGUACCAGCCAAACAAGGAGGUCCAGAAUAAGCUGUUCCACAGGAUAUCCCAACACUAUGCCUUUCUUUUGCUUCAGGAACCCAGGUCCCACUAUGAAGAGGUUCUCUUAAAAAGGUUGCCAUCACUUCUGAGUAAAGCCCUGUACACCAGCUUCUGUUGCUGCUUCCCGCAGUCCUGGUUCAACACACAUGAAUUCAAGUCUGCGAUCUGUAACACGAUGAGCCUGUGGAUUUCAGGUAUAUAUCCUUGCCCAGAGAGCUAUAACAGCUGGAACUACUCGGAACUGGAUCCAGAGAGAUUCCGAAGAGAAGAAUUACUGUUGCAGAGAAGAAGACUGAUAAAGGGAAGGGAGUUUUCUUUCCCCACUUCUAAGAGAUGCUUCUCCCAGAAGUCCACCCGGAGCAGCAAAGUCCACUGCCGUCAGUCUACUAAUGUAAAUUCAACCAAGAAGAAUUCAGAGGCUAGCUCACGAAAACCAAAUACCACAAAAGAGCAUCAUUUUCAGACUCAGGUCUUGAAGAAAGCUGCACAACAAGUCAAGAGGAUAUCAGAAGCAAGAGAAUAUGAAAAUAUACUUCCUAAGCCGUCUUACCCUGCCUGCAAAAACCCUGAGCUGACUUCAAACCUCUUCAACGUUUAUGGGAAGAGCCCUCUGAUUGUGUACUUCCUCCACAACCACGCCGCUCUGCAGCAGCACGGCGAAGACGUGUUGAUAGUCAGGAGGGAAAAAACCAAGGCCAUGCCCGAGUGCAGCCUGACGUAUGCCGACAUCAUCAGCCUGACCCUGAGCAACAUGAAGAAGCGCAGGGACAACCUCCGCCAGUUGAACCGGCUCCACCGGACUGAGUGGAAGUAUUUUGAUGAGUACCUAAAGGAACUGCAGGACAACUUCCUCAGGGAGGUGAAGAAUAUCGAUCAAAGAGCAGCAGAUAAAAAAAAGGCAAACCAUAUGUUCAUCCAACCUUUAAACUUCAUGGAGGAAUCCCCUGGUAAGAAAUCUAGAUGA